UAUUAUUCCAGACCAACCAUUGCUCAGUCAUCUCUUUCAAAGAAGAUUCUAACCAAUAAGAAGAAGCCUAAGGUUCUGAGCUGAAAGCUAAGUGCCCCAUAUAUGCCUGGGUGAUGCUGAAGCAAGUUACACUUUUUCAGAAGAAGGCUCCCGGUGCUUUGAAGAACAAUGUGAAGAUUGUAUAGGAGGCAAUACAACAAGAAUCUACUUGCGUUCUUCUAGAACAGAAGCCAGGAGCUCCCUAAUGUAAACACAUUAGUGUUUAUUUUGAGGAGGAAAUAUAUAGAUUAAAAACAACCACAACCACUGCUAAGUAAAUAUCUGAGUCAAAAAAAAAUACCUAGUUUGAAGAUGUCAGUGAACAAUUCUUCCAACGUGUUUCUGGACUCAGUGCCCAGUAAUACCAGUCGCUUUCAAGUAAAUGUCAUAAGCGAGAGCCACGAGAGCAGUGCUGCAGUGGAUAAUACCGACCCUCCACAUUAUGAGGAAACCUCUUUUGCGGAGGAAGCCCAGAACAGAUUCCGAAUUAGUUUUAGGCCUGGGAAACAGGAGUGCUAUGACAAUUUCCUCCAAAAUGGAGAAACCACUAAAACAGAUGCUAGUUUUCAUGCUUACGAUUCUCACACAAACACAUACUACCUGCAAACUUUUGGCCACAACACGGUGGAUGCUGUUCCCAAGAUCGAGUACUAUCGCAACACCGGCAGUGUCAGUGGGCCCAAGGUCAACCGACCAAGCCUGCUGGAGAUUCAUGAGCAACUUGCAAAGAAUGUGGCAGUGGCCCCAGGUUCGACUGACAGGGUGGCUAACGGUGAUGGGAUGUCUGGAGAUGAUCAAGCUGAAAACAAAGAAGAAGAAGAUAAAUCCGGUGCUGUGAAGUUUGGAUGGGUGAAAGGUGUGCUGGUAAGAUGCAUGCUGAAUAUCUGGGGUGUCAUGCUCUUCAUUCGCCUCUCCUGGAUUGUUGGAGAAGCUGGAAUUGGUCUUGGUGUGAUUAUCAUCGGCUUAGCCGUGACAGUGACUGCUAUCACUGGUUUAUCCACCUCUGCUAUUGCCACAAAUGGAUAUGUCAGAGGAGGUCUCGGAGUUCUCAUAAUUCUUCUUUCCACCAUGGUAACUUCUAUUACUGGGUUGUCAACUGCCGCAAUAGCAACUAACGGGUUUGUUCGUGGAGGUCUUGGAGUCAUCAUCAUUGGCCUGAGUGUGGUAGUGACAACACUCACAGGUAUUUCUAUGUCUGCCAUUUGCACAAAUGGAGUAGUAAGAGGAGGUGGAGCAUACUAUCUUAUUUCUAGAAGCUUAGGGCCAGAAUUCGGUGGGUCAAUAGGCUUGAUCUUUGCUUUUGCCAAUGCAGUGGCUGUUGCUAUGUAUGUGGUGGGAUUUGCUGAGACUGUGGUAGACCUUCUUAAGGAGAGUGAUUCAAUGAUGGUAGAUCCAACCAAUGACAUCCGGAUAAUAGGCUCAAUCACAGUGGUGAUCCUUUUAGGAAUUUCGGUGGCUGGAAUGGAAUGGGAAGCAAAGGCUCAAGUGAUCCUUCUGGUUAUUCUUCUUAUUGCUAUAGCAAACUUUUUCAUUGGAACUGUCAUUCCAUCCAACAACGAGAAGAGGUCCAGAGGUUUCUUUAAUUAUCAAGCAUCAAUAUUUGCAGAAAACUUUGGACCAAGCUUCACAAAAGGCGAAGGCUUCUUCUCUGUCUUUGCCAUUUUUUUCCCAGCAGCUACUGGGAUUCUUGCAGGUGCCAAUAUCUCAGGAGAUUUGGAGGAUCCCCAAGAUGCUAUCCCCAGAGGAACCAUGCUGGCCAUUUUCAUCACCACUGUUGCCUACAUAGGAGUUGCUAUUUGUGUAGGGGCCUGUGUCGUCCGAGAUGCCACUGGGAACGUGAAUGACACCAUCAUUUCUGGGAUGAACUGCAAUGGCUCAGCAGCCUGUGGGCUGGGCUAUGACUUCUCAAGAUGUCGACACGAGCCAUGUCAGUAUGGGCUGAUGAACAAUUUCCAGGUCAUGAGCAUGGUGUCAGGGUUUGGCCCCCUCAUCACGGCUGGCAUCUUUUCUGCAACACUCUCCUCCGCCCUGGCCUCCCUCGUCAGCGCUCCCAAAGUGUUCCAGGCUCUGUGCAAGGACAACAUCUACAAAGCCCUGCAGUUCUUUGCAAAAGGAUAUGGGAAAAACAACGAGCCGCUGAGAGGAUACAUCCUCACUUUUGUUAUUGCCAUGGCAUUCAUUCUUAUUGCGGAACUGAACACCAUCGCUCCCAUCAUCUCCAACUUUUUCCUGGCCUCAUAUGCGCUUAUUAAUUUCUCCUGCUUCCAUGCUUCUUAUGCCAAAUCUCCAGGAUGGAGACCUGCAUACAGAAUUUACAACAUGUGGGUAUCUCUUUUUGGGGCUGUUUUGUGCUGUGCAGUCAUGUUUGUCAUCAACUGGUGGGCUGCUGUCAUCACCUACGUCAUUGAGUUCUUCCUCUACAUCUAUGUGACCUAUAAGAAGCCAGAUGUGAACUGGGGCUCCUCCACCCAGGCCCUUUCCUACGUGAGUGCUUUAGACAAUGCUCUGGAAUUAACCACAGUGGAAGACCAUGUAAAAAAUUUCAGGCCCCAGUGCAUUGUCUUAACAGGGGGACCCAUGACAAGACCUGCUCUCUUGGAUAUAAGUCACGCCUUUACCAAGAACAGUGGUCUUUGCAUAUGCUGCGAAGUCUUUGUGGGACCACGCAAGCUGUGUGUUAAAGAGAUGAACAGUGGCAUGGCGAAGAAGCAGGCCUGGCUUAUAAAGAACAAAAUCAAGGCUUUCUAUGCUGCAGUGGCGGCGGACUGUUUCAGGGAUGGCGUCCGGAGUCUCCUCCAGGCCUCAGGCUUAGGAAGAAUGAAACCAAACACUCUGGUGAUUGGAUAUAAAAGAAACUGGAGGAAGGCUCCCUUAGCAGAGAUCGAGAACUACGUGGGAAUCAUACAUGAUGCAUUUGAUUUUGAGAUUGGUGUGGUCAUAGUCAGAAUCAGCCAAGGGUUUGACAUCUCUCAGGUUCUUCAGGUACAAGAUGAGCUAGAGAAAUUAGAACAGGAGAGGCUGGCUUUGGAAGCCACUAUCAAAGACAAUGACAGUGAGGAAGGAAGUGGAGGCAUCCGAGGCUUGUUUAAAAAAGCUGGCAAGUUGAACAUUACUAAGACACCUUCUAAAAAAGACAGCAGCAUUAACACAAUCCAGUCUAUGCACGUGGGGGAGUUCAACCAGAAACUGGUAGAAGCCAGCACACAAUUUAAAAAGAAGCAAGGAAAAGGCACAAUUGAUGUUUGGUGGCUGUUUGAUGAUGGAGGGUUAACACUCCUUAUCCCCUAUAUCUUGACUCUCAGGAAAAAAUGGAAAGACUGUAAAUUAAGAAUCUAUGUCGGAGGGAAGGUUAACCGCAUUGAAGAAGAAAAAAUUGCAAUGGCCUCCCUUCUGAGCAAAUUUAGAAUAAAAUUUGCAGACAUCCAUAUCAUUGGUGACAUCAAUAUUAAACCAAACAAAGAAAGCUGGAAAGUCUUUGAAGAGAUGAUAGAACAAUAUCGGCUCCAUGAAAGCUGCAAAGAUGUAACAACUGCUGAGAAAUUAAAGAGAGAAACUCCAUGGAAAAUUACAGAUGCCGAACUGGAAGCAGUCAAGGAAAAGAGUUACCGCCAAGUUCGGCUGAAUGAGCUCUUACAGGAGCACUCGAGAGCUGCUAAUCUCAUAGUCCUGAGCCUCCCAGUGGCCAGAAAAGGAUCCAUAUCAGACUGGUUGUACAUGGCUUGGCUGGAAAUCCUCACGAAGAACCUCCCUCCUGUCUUACUAGUUAGAGGAAACCACAAAAAUGUCCUGACAUUUUACUCUUAAACCAUGAAAAAUCACAGCACAUUUUAACUGAACAUAUGGAUAAUUAAGAACCGGUCUAGUACUUGAUAUUGUAAAUCCGACCCGCACUUAUGCAACCUCUGGGGGCUAUACUACAGGAUUCUACAUACACUUUGUCAUUGUUCUUUUAUUAGUUAAUAGGAGGGUUUGUUUGGGUUUUUUUCCUGUCAGCUUAAGGGCAGCGUCAAAGCCACUGGUACACCUAAGAAAAACAUCUUUGUCAUUGCUGUUGACACACCAGAAAAUUAAGCAAACCCACACUGGUUUAUGCUCAUGAGAAGCAGCAACUUGACUGUAAGCUUCUCCAGGCAAAACUAACCUUUUGUCUGCUCCUAGGCCCCCACGGAGGCCCCAGCCCCACGGCAGGUUCUCACUAAAUGCUUAUUGACAGGCUGGUGGAGGAACUCGGCUGGUUAUCAAAGGGAAAGGCCAGCUGGGCAGGAAACGUGAUUAUGCUUGCCCUUCUGAGAGGCUUAUACCUACAAAGAAGAUUUGAGAAUCAAUAACUGAAAACUUUAAGAAGCACUGGAGUCUACAAAAUGUUUAAAGCGGUUCCCAAAAUAAGGUUAUUUAAUGUAGCACAGAUUACGCACUUAGAGUGAUCAGAGCGAUCCCUGGCGAUAACAUGCAUGUCCUUGUGCUGCCGGCUGAGGUGCGCGCGGCUGCACUAGGAGGCAACACGUACUCUCAUUAAAUGCAGAAUGUUCCAUUAUUAAUGCGGAAACUUAACUUCCUUCCCUAUCAAGUAUUUUGAAAUUUCCACCACAGUAUUUCUUUGCAUAUUUUUCUAAUUGAGUGGUUAGGGCAGAUGAAAUCUUCAGAUGUCUAGAAAUUGAAAACCAACGACCACAAAUUUUUAAACAUUAUAAAGAAAUAUAUCCUGAAUCAUUUACUUAGUUACUUUAUAUAGUGAUUAUAUAGAUUUAAAAGAGCAAUUAAAAUGUGAAGAAACUUGCGAAAUUUGAAAUAUAUAAGUACUAAUUGUUUUCCCAUUUUUGUUAGUAUUCCUAUAAUAGUUAAUCACAUUAAAAAAAACAACAAAAUUUUGUUUUCUGAUGAUUGACUUGUUUUUUUUUCCUGACAUGUUUUAACUGUUUAAACUAACUGCUAAAAUAUAAAGGAAACAGUAAGCCUGAAAUAAAAGCACUGAAAUUCA